CUGAAUUUGAUACAAUGGAACAAAUUUCUUUAUCCAACGAAGAAAAGACAGUGGUUUUAGUUGGACGUACUGGAAAUGGUAAAAGUGCAACUGGAAAUAGCAUCCUGGGAAAAAAUGCCUUUGAACUAAGAACAAAUUCUUUUGGUGUAUCACGUAUUUGUGAAUUACAAAAGAGUACCACAAAAGAUGGAUCAAUUAUUAAUGUUAUUAACACUCCAGGAUUGUUUGAUGGAAGUGAUUCUCCUGAGAAAGAAAUAAUUAAAUGUAUUGAUUUGGCUAAAGAUGGAUUUCAUGCACUUCUUGUAGUAUUUUCUGUUAGAACUCGUUUUACUGAAGAGGAAGAAGCUACUUUACGUGUUGUUCAAACUUUGUUUGGACACAAAAUUAGUGACUACAUGAUUAUAGUCUUCACUGGAGGAGAUGAACUUGAAUAUAAUAAAAAGACAUUGGAUGAUUAUUUAGGUCAAGAAUGUCCACAAACUCUUAAGGAUAUUUUACUUCAAUGUGACAAUCGCAAAGUGCUCUUCAAUAACAAAACUAAGGAUGAAACAAAACAACUACAACAAGUUCAACAACUUCUGGAUCUUGUAAAAAUGGUUACAUCAAAGAAUAAUGGACAACCUUAUACCAAUAAGACAUUUGUAAAAUCACAG